CGGCCAUGUAGCCUACAGAGGGUGUUUAUGAAACAAUGUUUCACCAGAACGCGAUUCAUACGCGCAAAUGUUUGUCAGCACGAAACACCAAACGGCGCACGUUAAGACAGAAACGAGGUUUAUGUGAAAACGUCGCCAAACAGCAAGAACUGUGCGCUCGGCGCUGUCGGUGUGAUUUCAUUUAUAUUCCACACAGGAUAAAAUGUGUACGGAACCACACACGGUAAACUGCAAAUAAACGAAAGUGCGUUAGUGAUUGUACUGUAAUGACUGCAGGAACAAGAAUGAAUGGCAUUCGAUGCUCUUUUAAAAAUUCGGCAUUAUCACGUUAUUACACCUUUAUUAGGGUGAGAAGGGCUCCUCGGGGAAAGACCUCGUUUAAACUAGCGACUAGACUCAAAAACACAGAAAAACAAACCCAUGUGCAUGCUUUCUACUUAUUCCGUUGAACAUAAAAACGUUAGGGGGGGCGUAAACAGCUGUAGACGUAGCGUUUGAAUUAUUACGUUAAAAAUAUGUUCUGAUCUCGUGCUGAGAAACCAGUGGCUUAUGAUAAAUUCCACGCUUUCUGCGCGUUUACUCGUCUGUGCGUUCAGUCUUUCUUUGUUGAAGUCCUCAUUCAGAUGAGAGGCUCCGUGAGGAGGAAGAAUGCUCGGACCCUUCUGUUCAGUGGGCGGGGCGAUUGGGAGGUUCUGCACAUGCGCGUCUCGCGCUCACGGUUACCUUUCUGAAGUCUGUCAAACAGCAGUUCGCUCUGACCGACAGAACGGUGAUCGGGAGACGCGCUAGCCAGUGUAUUUAGCACUAGAUAGAUCAGUCCAUAUUUCAUCUGAGCUGUUCGCGGAUCGUCGUCGUGAUUGGCAGUCGCUCAUGAAGUGCCCGAAGCGACGCAGCUGAGAUGCGCGACGCGCUGUUAGCGCCCGUCAGACGCUUCCCGUGGGCGACCAAUGUAGCGCUGUACGGCUGCCUGUUCGCGGGCGGAGAUUUCGUUCACCAGUGCUUCUCGGGUAAGGAACGAGUGGACUGGACUCACACCAGAAAUGUCGCCGUAGUCGCGUUCAGUUUUCAUGGCAACUUCAAUUUCUUUUGGAUGCGCUUUCUGGAGCGACGCUUCCCCGGUAACGCGCUGCGGACGGUGCUGCGGAAACUGCUGCUGGACCAGACGGUCGCCGCGCCGCUCGCCAUCAGCGCCUUCUACACAGGUGUGAGCCUCGUGGAGGGCAGAGAUGAGAUUCUGCAGGACUGGAAGGAGAAAUUCCUCAACACGUACAAGGUAAGUUUAGGGACUCGACGAAUCCAGAUGCGGAUCUGUGCAGCAUUAUGGAGGAGACCGGAGAAUGGCAGAAUUACGAGGCAGCAGGACAGCGUCACAUUCAUCGGAGUUCAUUCUUGUGUUUGUUUCUUUGUGCAGACGGGACUGACCUACUGGCCCUUCAUGCAGUUCCUGAACUUCGCUCUGGUUCCUCCGCUGAUCCGCACUGCUUUCACCGGCUGCUGCGGCUUCGUCUGGGCCACGUUCCUCUGCUUUUCCCACCAAAGCGGAGACGGGACCAUCACGGCAGCUCUGGACUGGAUUCGUGACGUAGAGCACAAACGAGAGGAACGGAUGUCUGGAAAGGACAGGCCUGAAUGAUGCUCAGGGGGAAAGUGAAGGACUUGAGAUGCUCCUUCAUGUUUGUACUCUGCGCCGGCAGUCUGUUUCUGUUUGUUGUUGUUGUUUUAAACACUGCAAAACAUGCAGAGAUUCAUUCAUUUGACUAGUCUGUACUUGCUGCAGAUCCAAUUUUAUUUCUUUCUUUUUAUUUUUUAGGCUGGCUUUUUUAAAAGACUAAAAAUUAUUUAAUUUUUAAAGACAUACAUUUUAUUUAAUUCUUCCUGUUUUGUCUAUGUUUUUUGUUUCAUGUUUGUUUCUGUGUCAUUCCCAUAGUUCCUGGGACGUAAGUGUAGUGACUGUGCUAAUAAAUGUAUGUUUUUAUUUGUGCAUGUAUUGUAUGUGUGUUUGGAAGGGGUUUAUUUAGUAUUAUUUAUCUCUCUGGAAAUAUGCCAGGUUUAGCCUUCACAAUUACAAAUGACUGAUCACGAAGGGGUCUUUUUAACUGAAGGGUUUUGCUGCAACCGGCUGCUGACAUCAGGUCACGUGCUGUAUUUCUGUCAGCUCUUUGACUCUGUGUUUGAUGCUGUUGGUUUUGCCUGCAAGAUACCUUAAUAUAUAAUAUGAUAAUAUGAGCUAAAACGUUAUGGAAACCUGUUUAAAUGCUUGUAUUUUCUGUGUAUUUGUGUACGAAGCCGCUAAAUCUUAAUUAAAACGUGCAUUUUCCUUUACGUUACUUUCAGUAUUUUAUUUUCAUCCAUUUUUUAAAGUAUUUGCACACUACAGCAACUCCAGUGUAAUGAAUUUAUUUAAAAUGUAUUUAAUAGGUCAGUGCUUAUUGUUUAGCGAACCAUAAAUAUCUUGAAUAUCUUCAUCUUCUUUUCUUUAUUAUUCAAAUGAAUGAAUCAUCGGGGGGAGAAAUAUUACUGUCCUGUGUAUUCUGUAUUUACUGUAAAUGAUAUGCUAACAGAAUAAAACCACGUCAGAACUAACUUUUA